AUGUCCGCCGUGGAUGGCCAGCCAGCUCACGCACCGGAGCUCUUGAGCAUCCGGCACUCCAACACCGACACCGGAGGCUGUCGCAACGUUUUCAUCGAGGACGGGCUCGUGACUUUUGUCACACGGUAUCACAAGGGCUUCAACGCGUCCAACGAUACCAAAGUGAUUCACCGCUAUCUACCACGCGAGAUUGGUGAGCUCAUCGCGAAGAUGCCCAUGGUCCACACUUUCUUCGUCGUCCCCAACUACCUCGCCAGCAAUGUCGAUUGCCUCAGCAUUUUAGACUGCUGUUACUCGGGAGUGACCCGCGAGAUAACCGAAAGGGCUUCUCAGGUAGUUUCUGCAUGCGGCGCCGAGGAGACGACUCGGGGGCGGUCUGGCGGCGCGGCGUCAUUUUCACGACGUUUCUUCCGUGCCGCCUGGAGUCUGAAGGCGAACGAGAAGUCCUUUGCCACGGCUGAAGAUCUGGUCGCCGAGAUUAACCGUCAGAAUACCAGUGGGAGCCCGGUAGCCCGGCUCACCUACCAUGGAGGGAAGCAGCCAAUCGCAAUCCCUUUUAAGGGAACUUCCUCCGCGUCUGUCCAGUAA